AUGGACGCUCCUCCGCUCUGCAAUGCCGCCCAGGCAAUUUCAACGUCCUCUCUCAUUGCCACUCUUCACCAGACGUUUGUGCAUUCCCAAUACCGCUCUCUCCGUCUCGAUUCCACUUCAUUUCUUGUAUUUGGUCCAAAUAUUGAGGAAGCUUUUGUUGUUGGAGUCUGGGAUCAUGGCCGACGCCGUUCUGAAGACCAAACUAUUGUUGUUCUUCCCACUCAUAAUGCUGCUUCUACUUCCUUUUUUUCCACCGUAUCGGCAUUCCCUGGUGUUAAUCCAGCGGUUCUUCAAUCCCUGAAUGUAAUCACCCCUUUUCUUACUGCUUUGACACCUGAAAAUCUCUCUCGCCGCUUUCACAAUGGCCUAGGUGUUGCAUUUUCUCUUUCCUCUACAGGCCAAAUUCUUUCCACUCGUCUUAACAUUGCUGAAGACCCACUAUCUUCUUAUGAGCAGUUACUCAACCUUCCAUCAGCUCCAAACAACCGCGUCUUUGAUGUCUUUUAUCAUGUUCUCCUUGCUGAGGCUGAAUCCUACCAAUCAUACCUUUCUCUCAAAUCAAGCCCUAAUGAAUACAAGCUCCUCGCUAAAUCAAACACAUAUAGUCUCCCCGAAUGGGUUCUUUUCUCUGAUGACUACGCUCUCGCAAAGGAUUGGAGUAACGCUCUGCGCCAAUGUGGUAUCAAGGGCUCCGUCUUGAGAGGCGUCCUUUCAACUCUUUCUGGCAUCCUCCUCCUCGGCAACUCUUCUUCUCCUGAUGAUGUUGCUGAAGGUUGUUCUCUCAUUGGUAUAGAACCCGCCACAUUUGAAAAAUAUUCUACUCAAGAACUCAUCACUUCUGCAUACUCGGCUCUCAUUCACAAUGUUGUAGCCGAACUAAACAAAUUUCUUGCUGGCUUUGACCACUAUGUCGACAGAUCCGCCCAACCUCAAGGCCCCCACGACGAUACUGAAGACGACCCCAAUGAGGUUGUUUCUAUUGUCACUAUUGUCGAGGGAGUUCAGUCUUACAAGAAAACAAUUCUUCAUAAUGUCUUUGACGACUCCUUUGGAAUCAACAAGGAGCUUAAGGAAGACGGUAUCAAGGUCUCCAAAACCCCAGCAAGCGUGCUAAAAACUAUUAAAAAGCUCUACGAAAAUGAUCCCAUGUCAACAAAAAUUACCCGCCAGAUUCCAAACUUCAGAGCUUUUUUAAACCCUUCAAUCUCCUACAUUGCAACAUCUCCUGCUACUGCAGCUUCAUCCCAACAUAGAUCAGAGCUCAUCGAGGAUGACGAUUCAUUACAUCUCAAUGUUGAAUCUUUAAUUACAUGCAGCAGAGUUUGGACUGUUUUGAAUCUUUCCCCAUCUACUGACGCUGUUUCCCUUUCUAAUGACCUCUGGUCCAGUCAAAUUGUUUCUCAGCAACUUCGUGAAUACAUGGCCGUUGAAUGGUCUGCAAAACGCCGUAACAUUGACUUCUCUGCAGACUUUGACUUUUACGAGUUUCUUGAAAAGUAUUCAGCAAUUCUUCCUCCCAACGUCGGUGUUUUUAACUUGGAAGAAUGGGCACGUUAUGAAAAACAGUGGGGUCCUGCUGAGUUCUCUUGCGGCUCUGCAAGAAUAUGGCUUUCGGAACCCGUCUGGCGUGAUCUUGAAAUAGGCCUUGAAAAUGUCCGCGGUUCUGGUGCAAUGAUUCCUAUUCAAGGCGCUUCUGAGGGCUAUGACCAAUUCGGUAACCCAGUCAUGGCCCCACCCCCUAUUGCUGCUGGAAUUAACCCAUUUGAAACCGGCAGCGCCUUGUCUCUGACUUCCCGGUCUGUCAUGCCUCAAUAUCAAUAUUCUCAACAUACCCCAUCAUUACAUCCUCAAGCAUCUGCCCAUAAUCCUUACCAACAGCAACAACAAUUCCAACAAUCACAAUCACAGUCUUCACAACAAAACAUUAACGCUCCGUAUGGUAAUCAGUACGGCGCCUCUAACUCUAAAGAAAAUCAUGCUCUUCUUGACAACGAUGUGGAAAGCUUUGAGCGAGACUCUGGAGAUGAGGAAAUGGACGAUUACGAAAAUGAACAGUAUUAUCUUAGCGAGUUUAAAGAUGACAUUGAAAAAGAAGCUGCUGGAAAACCCAUUGAAAUUAUCCCCAUGUCUUCUGAGCGUAAGGCCUGGGUAUGGUUUGUAUGGAUGGUUACAUUUUGGAUCCCCAGUCCAUUUUUGAAGUGGUUUGGUCGCAUGAAGCGUUCUGAUGUUCGCAUGGCUUGGCGUGAAAAGGUGGUCAUUUGCGGCUUUAUCUUUCUUGUUAAUGCUGGUAUUAUUUUCUACAUGAUUUUCCUUAGUAAAAUUAUUUGCCCUGAGUUUAACAAGGUUUGGAACAUUAACGAGGUUUCUGAACACAAUUCAGACGAUAAUUUCUAUGUGGCUGUACAUGGCAAAGUUUACGACAUUUCAAAGUUUUGGCGCAUUCAGCAUUCCGAUACUACGACUACAACUACUACUGAUGUUAUGAAACCCUUUGCUGGUAUGGAUCUUACCGAUUAUUUCCCUCCACCAUUGACUGUUGCCUGCGAAGGCCUUGUCACUGAUACUUCGGUUAUGCUCAGUUUGAAUACUACUCUUGAUUAUCCUGAUGCUGAGCAUAAGAGUGGUUCUUAUUACGUUACUUCAAACACAACAGCUUUGUACAAUUAUACUUGGUACGAUGAUGUUUUCUUGCCAAAGAUGAAAAACUAUUACAAGGGUGAGCUAGUCGUUAAAAAGUCAGUCUUAAAAAAAGAGGGCCAAGAUACUAGUAACCCACAUUACUGGGCUAUCAUUGACAACAAAAUUUAUGACUUGGUUAACUACAUGUAUACUAUCGACUUGUAUCCGUCAAGUUAUAGCUCUGUUUAUGAAAAAUAUGAGUUCUUAUACUCUGAUCUUGUUGACUUGUUCCAGUCUAAUGCCGGUGAAGAUAUUACUGAACUUGUUAACGAUCUUGGCUGGGACCGUGCUACUCGUGUCAACAAUAUGAAUUGUCUUCAAAAUAUGUUUUACGCAGGUGUCCCAGAUUUUCGUUACACUGCCCGUUGUCAGGCCUCUAAUAUUAUUCUGCUUGUUCUUGCUGCUUCACUUUCAAUGGUCACUGUCGUCAAGUUUGUUGCCUCCCUUCAGUUUGGUUCAAAAGCCCUACCCCCACUUCAAGACAAGUUUGUCAUUUGCCAGGUGCCGGCCUAUACAGAAGAUGAGGAUGCUUUGCGUCGUGCCAUUGACUCUUUAACUGCACUCAAGUAUGAUAAUCGCCGUAAAUUAAUUACAGUAAUUUGCGAUGGUAACAUUAUUGGUUCCGGUAACGAUAAGCCUACUCCCCGCAUUGUGUUGGACAUUUUUGGCGUUGAUCCCAAGGUUGACCCUCCAGCACUGCCAUUCCAAAGUGUGGGUGAAGGUGCUGCUCAGCUUAAUUAUGCUAAAAUUUACUCAGGCCUUUACGAUUUUGAAGGUGAUGUUGUUCCCUUUUUGGUAAUUGUUAAGGUUGGUAAACCCAGCGAGACAAGCAAGCCUGGUAACAGAGGUAAACGUGAUUCACAAAUUCUGCUCAUGAGUUUCUUGAAUCGUGUCCAUUAUCAGCGUCCUAUGAAUCCUAUGGAACUGGAGAUUUUCCACCAUAUUAAUAAUGUAAUUGGUGUGGACCCGGAAUUGUACGAGUAUCUAUUCAUGGUCGAUGCCGAUACAUCUGUUGCCGAUGACUCCUUGAACAGACUUGUUGCUGCUUGUGCAAAUGAUUCACGCAUUGCAGGUAUUUGUGGUGAAACUGGUUUACAAAAUGAAGAAAAGUCUCUUUCGACUAUGAUUCAGGUUUACGAAUACUACAUUUCACAUCACCUCACUAAAGCAUUCGAGAGUUUAUUUGGAUCAGUUACAUGUUUGCCUGGUUGUUUCUCCAUGUACCGUUUGCGCACACUUAAAAAGGCUAAACCCUUGUUUAUCAGUGAUGAGAUUAUCCGUGACUACUCGGUGGGCCAGGUUGACACGCUGCAUAAAAAGAAUUUGUUCUCUCUCGGUGAAGAUCGUUAUUUGACUACUCUGAUGGCAAAGUAUUACCCUCGUAUGAAGUAUACCUUCAUUCCGGACGCUCAUGCAUACACACAAGCUCCCGAUGAGUUCAGCGUUUUGUUAUCGCAACGUCGUCGUUGGAUUAACUCUACUGUGCACAAUCUCGUUGAGCUGCUUCGUUUGAGAAACAUGUGUGGUUUCUUGUGUUUUAGUAUGCGUCUUGUUGUAAUGAUUGAUUUGGCAGGUACCAUUAUGUUGCCUUCUGUGUGUGUCUACCUGGGUUAUUUGAUCUACGUUAUGGCUGGUCACGUUGGUGCGUUCCCUCUUAUUUCGAUUAUCAUGAUUGCUGCUGUUUACGGUCUUCAAGCACUUGUGUUUAUUCUACGUCGUCAAUGGCAGCAUGUUUUCUGGAUGCUUAUCUAUGUAGCUGCCUACCCGAUCCACUCAUUUAUUCUUCCCAUUUACUCUUUCUGGUACAUGGAUAACUUUUCCUGGGGUAAUACACGUAUUGUCGUGGGAGAAAAGAAUGGCAAACAGAUUGUGGCAGUUGACGAUGAGGGAUUUGAGCCAUCCAUGAUCCCUCUUGAAACAUGGGAGUCGUACGCUACUCGUACAGGUAUUGAAGGUGCCAUCAGAAACAUUGUAUUUGAUGAAUACUAUGGCCGUAUCAGUAAUAUUGCUGGUGUUAACACCGAAAUGCAGGAUUGGAAUACAAUUAAGCCAAGAGGCCAUAUCAAUGCUAUGAUGAAUGGAUAUGAUGCCAGUGGCGCCCAGUCUAUUUACUCACGGCCUGAUUAUGCACCCUCGCAACAUACAUUUUCACAAUUCAGCAUGGCAGGACCUCAAGGUUCUGGUGCGCAAUCAGCUGCUGCAAGUAGGUACAUGUCUCUUAUGGGGCCUGCACCUACAAUUGGUGGUUCUACAGUGGGUUUGCCUACCGCCACAACACCGCUUGAUCCUGAGCGUGAGGCCAAAAUCAGCGUUACGAUACGGCAGGUGUUGCAAAGUGCUGAUCUUGAUAACAUGACAAAGCGACAGCUCCGUGCCCGGGUAGAGGAUUUAAUGGGUGUCACAUUUGUCGGAGACAAGAUUGCUUAUGUUGAUCGGUUGAUUGAUGAGGAAUUGGAAAAGUUGGAUGACGAAGAUAGUGACGACGAAGGCGCAAAAUAA